GCUUGAUAUCAAUUUUCCAUUGAAUCUACCCUCUCACCUUUCUCUUCUCUCUCAUUCUCUGCAACAUUGGCUUUGCACAGCCAGAGGCUUCCUUUUAUCUCUUUAUGUAGCUAUCUGUGUAUUUUCUUUCUACAAUCAGAUAGGCAUCAAAAAGGGCACAACACCAACUGCAAGCAACCAAAAAAAGAUCAACCCAAAAGCAAACAAAACCCAAAAUAACAACACCCAUAUAAAGGAUAAGAACAAUAUACUUCUUCCUUUCUUUCAUCUUCUUUUCCCCUCAUAUGCAAUACCCAUAUUCAUUCUUCCACAUUUACAUCUAAAUCACUUACAAAGACUUUAACUCUUUUUUUUUUUUUUUCAUUUUCUUUUUCCCAAUGGACAAACCGUUAUACAUUAACCGCUUUCGUUACCAUUUUUCAAUUACCAAACUUGUUUUUUGGACCUGCAUUUUCCUCGGACUUAUCCUCCUCUUCUUUCUCCACUCUUCUCAUUCUCCUUCCCCCUCCGAUUCUGGCCACCGCCGGUUUCUCAGUGAUCCUGAUUGGGCGAAUCGGGUAAUCAAAUCGGGAAAGCCCAGGUCUCGUGCAGGCGGCCUGAGAGUUCUUGUCACAGGAGCGGCUGGAUUUGUCGGUACCCAUGUCUGCGCGGCAUUGCGUCGCCGGGGUGAUGGCGUAGUUGGCCUUGACAAUUUCAAUGCCUAUUACGACCCAUCAUUGAAACAAGCUCGGCGUUCUCUCUUGGAACGCGCUGAUGUAUUUAUUGUGCAAGGAGACAUCAAUAACCCGACUUUGUUGAAAAAGCUCUUUGAAUUGGUUCAAUUCACUCAUGUAAUGCACCUUGCAGCACAGGCUGGGGUCCGUUACGCAAUGAAAAACCCAGCAUCAUACGUUCACAGCAAUAUCGCUGGGUUUGUAAGUUUACUCGAGGUCUGCAAGUCAGCAAAUCCCCAGCCUGCAAUUGUUUGGGCGUCUUCCAGUUCCGUCUAUGGACUCAAUACUAAAGUACCCUUCUCAGAAAAAGAUCGAACGGAUCGGCCAUCCAGUCUAUAUGCUGCUACCAAGAAGGCUGGUGAGGAAAUUGCACACACUUAUAAUCAUAUCUAUGGUUUAUCGAUCACUGGUUUGCGGUUUUUCACUGUUUAUGGUCCUUGGGGCCGACCGGAUAUGGCUUAUUUCUUUUUUACGAAGGAUAUAUUGAAAAGGAAGCCAAUUACGAUUUUUGAAGGGCCCGAUCGAUUCUCGGUGGCAAGAGAUUUUACUUAUAUUGAUGAUAUAGUGAAGGGUUGUUUGGGUGCGUUAGAUACUGCAAAGAAGAGUACAGGAAGUGGUGGGGUUAAGAAGGGACCUGCACAAUUGAGAGUGUUUAACCUUGGGAAUACUUCGCCUGUUCCGGUUAGUAAGCUUGUGAAUAUAUUGGAGAAGCUUUUGAAGGUCAAGGCCAAGAAAGUUGUGCUGCCGAUGCCUGCAAACGGUGAUGUGUUGUUUACCCAUGCGAAUAUUAGCUUGGCACAGAAGGAGCUUGGGUAUAAGCCUACAACAGAUUUGCAAACGGGGUUGAAGAAAUUUGUGCGGUGGUAUCUUGAUUACUACACGCGAACAGGGAAGAAAAGUGAUGUGUAAAUGCAGCUGCUUUUUUUUUUCGUUUAUGGAUCUGUUCUAGGUUCAUAUAAAUCUAUAUUUGAUUUGAUUCUUAUGAUAUCUUACUUUAAUUUUCAUUUUUCACUUAGCUAUUUAGCUAUAUACUGAUAUGAUGAUAGGGUUAAUUAUUGAACCACUAUAAAGGAAUUUGGUGGUUGAUAUGCAUGCUUUUGGAGAAUCCUUCUCAAACCAUAAGCUUCUACUUGGUUUCACUCGUUGUUCAUCUCUUCUAUUUUCAUUAGAAUGUCAUAGUUUAGGCAUUCACUACGAUGAACUCAAUUGUUAUUGUGCUCCUUCAGGAUUAUAAGUGAACUUCUUAUUUUUGGGUUUCA